GUGAGAAAGAAGCACAAGACGACUAAUAUCUAUUUUCGUUCUUGCUGCAUUUCUUUUUCGCUUCCAACAUUUUCUUCUCUUACCUGUGCAGAGUUUCUGAAUUACCAGAGAAGUCAUUUUUUUCUGUGUGUGUUCUCAGCCCUUCAGCGUAUACAUAUUUGUUGUCGUGUUUGUUGUUGAAUGAAAAGUACACCUACAAUGGCGAGCGUUAUUAACGAAUUUUUGCGCGAAUGCAUGUCGAAGGUGGCCAGCAAAGUGCGCCCUCUUACUGUCGUGCAGGGCAAUGAAGGUGGGGAUAUGGACAGCAUUGUGGGUUCGAUUUACUUUGCGCUGCUGUUGGAGAAGUCGAAUAGAUGGAAUGUUGAAAACCCUGUCCCCGCGAUCAACUUUCCACCAGAAGACUUGGUACUUCGCAACGACGUCGUAAAACUUUUUGAGGAAGUUGGUAUAGACACCUCUCUGAUCAUGUCUGUUCAGAAGGGCCAGUCGCCAGACCGCUAUAUCGACCUUGCUGCAUUGGAUGCAAAGAUUUACCUCUACGAUCACAACAAGCUGACGAGCCGUCAAGAAGCAUUUGACCACAAAGUAAUUGGCAUUUUGGAUCAUCACAUGGACGAGAAGAAGCAUACGGAUUUCGCACCUCGCCGGCGACUUAUUAAGGCUGUUGGGUCAUGCUGCACCCUUGUUACAGAAUGCUUCAACGUCUGCGAAAGAGACGUUCCGUGUCCUGAGCUGCUAGACGCCCCGAUUAUUCUGGACACCGUGAACUUUGAUCCUGCGCAAAAGAAGGUCACCCCUGAAGACAUUGCGAUGCACCAGUGGCUCUGCAGGCGAAUCGACGAUGAAGACUACGACACAGCUGCUAUAUACAACAAGCUUGCUCAAUGGAAGAACGAUGUUCUGGUUCUCACUGUUGCCGAAAACAUGCGACGUGAUUACAAGAAGUUCGACUUCCCCUGGUUAGGAAAGAAAGGCGUGAUGGUUACGGGAACCAGCAGUGUGCCAUGCUCAUGCCCGGAAUUUCAAGAGAAAUACACGGUGCCUCAAAUAGUUGCAGAGGCAGUGAAAUUUAUUCGAGAGCGCCAACUGGAUGUGCUUAUUUUUGCGUUUGCAGGACACGUGGAUGGAAAGCACUCUCGGGAAGUUGCAUUUUGCGCAAAACCGGAAAUUAUGGAGGUGUUUGCACCGUUUAUUGAAGAUUCCUCUGAUGGUAUCGUUUUCUCGCUCAUAUCUGAAUCCGCGACGGAAGACAAGUCCUACUCAUAUGCGUCUUAUUCAUUGAGCGAUCCGGCAGUGUCUCGCAAAAAACUGGUUCCUGCUCUGCGGAAAUUUCUUGCUGAAGGCGGAUCUCGUAGCUUGCUCUGA